CCACAGCGCAGGCGUAAUUCUCGAAUCAGACGUACGAUAGCUGCGCAGCAUACGCACUCCGGCUUCUACGAAACCAGUCAUUUCCCAGUUGUCAACACGAUGAAUAUAAACAAUUUUCCGGAAGAAAUUUUAGAAGUAGUAUUUCGUCAUCUCCCUCUGAAGGAUCGCAAGAAUGCCUCACUGGUGUGCCGUGAUUGGGCUCGGUUAGCAUUUUCUAGACCUUGUUUGGAAUCAACAGAGCUAAUUCUUGCCAGCUCAAAGGCUGCCGAUGUGUCGCCGUUGGAAAACAGCCAACGAAAGUAUCGUUUCGUUUGUUUGCGCAUGGAUUGUGAUGGCUUCGGAACCCGUGAAUUGGAGGGAAUCCGCAGUGUUAUGUGUAAGUUUAGCUGUACGAUCGUACGGUUGCGAUUUGUGUGGGACAUAAUGGAAGGUCCAUUCAAUUUGAAACUGUUGCUGCAUUUACUAGAGCUGGUACCACUGUUGAAGGAGUUAGUUGUGGAAGAUUGUAUUGUGAAUCAGUAUGAUGAGCGAUCUCUGGUUCCGAGGGUCGAAAUGCAGAGCUACCCACACUUGGAAAAACUUACCAUCCCCAGUUGUCUGAUGGAUAAUACUCAGUUUGACGUAGCCAGAUUGGCUCCCAAUGUGAAAGUAGUAAACUUAUGUACCACUGGAAGACACCUCUGGACCGCUCUCCAUCUGAUUGGCGCUCAGAUCAGAAGCAUGCGCCUGAAAACUGAAACCAAAGGAAUUUUCAGACAACUUUGGGAAAUUGAACCUUACUCCUUGGAAAAACUUCAUCUCCAUAGGCUCUGCAGCGAUCUAAUGGAGCCCAGUGAUCUCAAGUUGAACGAUGUGGUUGUUUUCUUUUCGCAGUGUAGAGCUUUGACCGUCCUGGGACUUGAACUACAAAUCUCAUGUAGCGUAAUCCAGUUGAUUGCCAAUACUUGUCCCACGUUGAAAUCACUGCUAGUUUAUGAAAUUGAAGAAGGAUGGACGUUGUUGAAUAUUUUGCAGCAAUUCGAAAAUCUUAAAAAGCUCGCGAUUCGGGUGGCUCAUUUUGAGAUUAAGCCUUCAGGUGAAGAUUUACUGCUGCCAAAACUGAAAAGUCUAACCCUGGAUGGAGUCGAAUUCGAGAAUCCAUUCGAUUUCUUCCACAAUCUCAGGCAGUUUGCGCCAGGACUACAAUCACUGCAGUUUGCUCAGUACGACGACAGCUGUAACGAAACGUAUCAUUUGACGGUAUUGAAGGCGGUUCUUCAAUUAAAGCUACCACAGCUGACCAAAUUGAUUCUGUUCGAUAACACAAGCUACUUUCCUUCACAUGUCUUCAACCAGUUCAAUUUGUUUCCAAAGCUUAAAGAGCUUCGUUUGGCUUACUAUGGACUAUCUGCUUGGAAUCGGUCAAUUGUCGUUCCUGGCGUGGAGAAAAUAUCACUUGAUAUUUAUGAGUUGACAGCUUUCCAGCUUCGGAAUCUAUUGAAGAUGUUCCCCUCGCUGGUAACGCUUGAUGCAGUUGAGCCCGAAGACCCGCUGAACUUUGGCAUCGAUGAUUUACCCAGAACGUCUUUACUUUGUGAUUUCAAUGUUAGAAAACGGGGAUACAAUAUUUUAGAUGAGUGGGCUUUGUAAGCUAUUAUAUUUUGUUUUCAAUAUAAAUAUGUACAAUGUUUUGUUUAUAU